AUGUUUAACAAGAACCAGGGCCACGGACUUAACCACAUCAAUCACCGCUGUUGGAUAGUUGUGUGUGAACCACUUCAGCAAACGCGUUGCGAACCAAGAUCUUCCGUGGUCGUAUUUCUGGUAAUAGGGUCUAUAGAAUUCCACAUACUAUGCUGGAUAAUUCAUGAGCAUUCAAAAACAGGUGUUCUCUCAUCCCGAAUACCCUUCAGAACAAAACGUGGCGCUUACAUAUUAAUCGAUCCAGUCGAGUUAAUAGCGAACUGUGUCUCUUUAUCGGCUGCAUCACCCAGCGUAACUUCACCAGACGCUGACAUAAUAUUUAGUGAAGGAAUGAGUCAUCAAGGUAGAUCAGAUUAUACAUUAUUGGUAGAUUUUGAAAAUUAUGUUGGUCCAUUUUUUAAAAAUAAUAAAAUUGUUUUUUUUAUUGUUCCAAAAGAAUGGUUUCACAAUAUACAUCAAACAAUUAAAAAAUUAUUUUCAGCGCAAUUUAAUAAUAAAUUAAAAAUUAAAGAUAAUAAUGAAAAUGAUUAUGAAAUUAUACCAUAUGGAUUAACAAUGCAUAUAACAGAAUUUAGAUCAUCUUGUAGGAUUAACCAUUAUAAUUGCAAUGAUUUCUCAUGUCAUACAUGUGAUAAACCAAGAGGUGUCGAUUAUUUAUUAAAAGAAGGAAAUUUUAGAAAUCAAAAAGAUAUUAUUGACUUUCACAAUUCAAAACCAAAUAAACAAGAUUUUUCAAAUCCUCAAAAUAAAAUUAGAAACAAAACAAAAAAUGAAAAAAAUCGGCAUUAA